AUGGCUAGCGACAGUGCGCCGCACUUCCUCACGCUGCCGCCCGAGAUUCGAGAGCAGGUGUACCACCUCCUUCUCAACCCGGACGCCAGUCGCCUGUCGCAUCCCGACGAGUACACCGACUACAACUACCGCAAUGCGCUGGUGCUUUUCCGGCUGAACCGCCAGAUCUACUACGAGGCGCGCAAGGUGUUUCGCGACCUCAACAUCUUCGUGCGCAUCCAGACGCCGUUUCCGAACGCCCAGGACUAUGUCGCCUUCGAGGGCCACGUCCCUAUCCUGAUGAAGGGCCAGCCCGCGGCCAGGUUCCAGGGACAAAGUCUGAACGUCGUCAUUGGGGCCCCGGACACGCCGAUACAGGAGGCAGAGCCCAACUACAUCGUCAUCCUCCUCGACGACCUGGACAAGUUCGCCAAGAUAUGGCUCUACUCAGAUCUCACCAAUCCCGGACUCAACCGCUUUCUGAGCCUCGAGCUUGAUAUGCGCGAUCCAUACACGCCCGACUGGGAGGAGAAGCGCAUGCCGAAGUGGGUGCAGCGCCAGCUGCUGAUGCCGUUCGGCGACGUGAAGAAUCUCAAGUCCUUGACCAUAAAGGGGGACCCGAAACCGCUGGCCUCCAUCGAGACCGAGCUCCGCGCCCAGCAGCAGAUACCAUACCCGACCGCCGAGCAGUGCCUGAGCGAAUGCGCAAGACUCAAGACGGAAGGAAACAAGGAGCUGACGGCCGGCAACUACCACACAGCGCUCAGGCUGUACGCGCAGGCCUGGGAGGCCAUGUUCAUCAUUGUCAAGGGCCGGCAGCGCCACGUGCACGCCGAGGCGUACUUCUCGAGGGAGCUGCACGACGAGCCGUACAAGGGCCGGCACGGGCAGGCCGAGCGCCUGCAGCUCCGCGUCCAGCUCGUCGCCAACACGUGCCUCGCGUACCUGAAGCUGGAGGACUGGGAGGAGCUCAUCUUCUGGGGCAUGCGGACGAUCGGCAUGAUGCAGCAGGCGACGGGCGCGAACGAGCACGACAUCUCGCCCGAGGACGAGGCCAUGCUCGGCUUCCCGGCUGCCGUCCAGCUGGGCAAGAUCUACUACAGGACCGCCAUGGGCUACAAGGCGCUCGGCGUCAAGGACCAGGCGAAGAAGCUGCUCAGGGUCGCAAAAGUGUAUUUGCCCCGGGAUGAGAAUGUGAGCAGGGAGCUGGCCGAGUUCACCUUGAAGCUUGGUUGA